CCCCGGUCCCUUACAUGCAGCCAAUUGCUGUACAAUGACAGUGAAUGGACUACGGACAUGAUGUACAUAGCUACUGUAACUAACGUUAGCUAGCGUCCGGCUGUAUGGCCUGCCGAAACAUUAUUUUCUGAAAACGCGAGAGCAAGCAUGGGUUCCGAAGCCUUAAUUUUAGAGGAUAAUGUGGAGAAGAUUUUAAACGGGGAAGGAUUCGAAAUAAAAGAAUUAGAUUCUGUCCCUGAACAAGUCACCGCUGUAGCCCUGCGGAAAACCGUUUGCUACAUUGUGAGUGCCGUCAUCUUCAAUACAAAGAAUGAGGUGCUGAUGAUGCAGGAGGCUAAGCCUGAGUGCUACAGGCGCUGGUACCUCCCAGCAGGUCGCAUGGAGGAGACCGAGAGCAUCGUGGAAGGCAUGAGGAGAGAAGUGAAGGAGGAGACCGGACUGGACUGCCAGCCCAUCACCCUGCUGCUGGUACAAGAACAGGGGAUGCAGUGGAUCAGAUUCGUUUUUCUGGCUGAAGUCACAGGGGGCACCCUCAAGACAGAGGAAGAGGCUGAUGCAGAGUCAAUCCAAGCUCAGUGGUGGGACAGAGAGUCCCCACUCCCACUGAGGUGUCGGGACAUCCUGUGCCUGAUUGAUGCGGGUCUAAAAUACAGAGAGAAGCCCUGGUUCUCUCCAGUCCUUCCUGCAGACAUCCCUUGCCACAUCAUCUGUCAGAGACUUCUCCUGACCUUCUGCAACCCCGAUGGAGACGUGUGGGUCUUGCUGGGCAGUGCUGGAGACCUGCACCUUCCUGUCACCCUGUCUGUCAGAUCCCAUGCAGUUACCUGGUCCAGCCACAGACUGGUAAAGGAGUGCAUGCCCUCUUCCUACAACCAGCUCAAUGUCAAAACCUGGGGCAUUCUGGGAGUGCAGCACAAUGGGAGGAUCCCAGGGAAGACGGAUGGGAUUUGCUUCAACACGCUGGUGUCUGUGGGGUACACCAGCGAGGCGUCAGAGGCCAGCCAGCCACCUGUGCUGGAGGGCCCUGGGUUUCAGUGGCAGAAAGUGGACAGUCUUCCCUUAAGGGACAGGAUUCGGGAGAGAAUGACCUCUGGGUCCCUCCUCCCACUGCAUAAUCUGUAUUGCUGAAGGGGAAACUUACUUAGGAGUCAGAGGCCAUGGUUGCAUUCCAAACCCCUCCCUCAUCCCCAUCUCCCCUCAUUAAGGGCUCACUUGAAACGUCAUCCCUGAGUGAUUACUUUACUAGCCAGGGUCAGGGGGGAGCAGUGACCUGUGUUUUGUCUGAAAUGCACUGCAGCAUUGUGACACAGUCAAUCUGUAAUUUAGAUUUGAUCUACAAGCAUGAUGCAGAUACAUCAGUUACAAGGCAGUGCUCAUUUUGGGGACACACACUGUAUAUACAAGGGUGUACUACUGAAAACAUCCCAGAGUUCUGUAGAUGCCACAAAGGCAUCUUUGCUGAAAUAUACUUCAACGUUUAUCAGUUACUCAAUUAAAAUUUAUAUCAGUCUUUUCUGCCAGUAUGUAAAAAUACAGAACAACCUCAUUUACAAGGAGAUUGAGAUUUAGGUUUCUAUUUUAGGACUAUUUAAAUAUUUUCAGAUAUAAUCACUUGUGUAAAGGCAAUGCUUUGAAAGCAGGUACAUUGUUCUACUCCCAUUGAAAUGCUCAAGACAGUGGCUUGGAAUGCAGCCAUUGAGUGAAUGCUAACUGGGGUGGGUAUCUGCUAAGGAUGUUACAAAACCUCCAAUAUGUAUCCAAGAACAA